GCACGAUCGAGAGUAAGAGUUUACAAAAAAACGAGAGCCCGCGAACGUGGUGGUGCGAAAGAAAACGGAACCCGGAACCUCCAGGAACACAAGCAGCAUGAAGCAGCUCGUUCUGAUAGCGAUAGGCCUCGUCGGCCUCACGGCCGCACAGUUCCCCAACGGCAGAACGCUCGACGCACCGAAUCCUGGCCUCUGCUCCAACAGAAUCGUCCACGAGCGGGCACCGGACGGCAAAGGGUACUUCUUCUCGUGGCGUGACCCAACCCAGCGAGGCGUCGAGAAGGACUGGCUGGACGCGCGGAACUUCUGCCGCCAGCGCUGCAUGGACAGCGUGUCGGUCGAGACGAGCCCGGAAAAUGAGUGGAUCAAGCAGAGAAUCGUCGAAGGCCGGCAAAAAUACAUCUGGACCAGCGGACGGCUGUGCGACUUCAAGGGAUGCGAUCGGCCCGAUCUGCAGCCGACCAACGUGAACGGGUGGUUCUGGACGGCCGAACUGCAGAAGCUCGCCCCGACGACGCUGCGCAACCAGAACGACUGGUCCGAGGGCGGUGGCAUCGGCAAAGCGCAGCCCGACAACCGCGAACUGAUCCAGGGGGGUGCCUCCGAGAACUGUUUGGCCAUUCUGAACAAUUUCUACGACGACGGUGUCCACUGGCACGACGUGGCCUGCCAUCACGUGAAACCGUGGGUGUGUGAGGAGAACGACGCCCUGCUGAAGUACGUCAAGUACAGCAACCCCAAUCUGCGCAUCUAAGCAGGGACGCGAUUUAACACAAGAGGGCGGUUUUUAAUCUCUACUUCCCAUCCAACACUUGGCCCGGAAAGCCGGAACGGAGCAGGAAGUGUUGGAACACAAACUCAAACGACUGCCGACGCUGACACUGAACUUCUUACAAAUAUUUAUUUUGCUCCAGCGGUUUGCUACUUGAAGCGCAGAGAAAGAAACGGAAGAGUAACUGGAUAUCGAAGGGAGACGAAAUG